AUGCAUAUGCAUUGCAUAACAUACAAACAUACACGUAUGCAUAUAUAUCCAUUUUUACAUACAUACAUAUUACAUACAUAUAUAUACACACAUAAUACAUAUAUAUACAUAUAUACACACAUACAUACACAUACAUAUAUACGCAUACAUACACACACAUACACAAGCACAUACACAUGUACUGCAUACACAUGCAUGCACACACAUGCGCACGCAUACCAUAUGUACACGUACACAUAUAUACAUACAUAUACACAUACAUACACACAUACACAAUAUAACACAUAUGCAUACAUACAUGCAUAUACAUGUGUACAAUGCAUGAAGCAUGCACACACACAUACAUGUGUAUGUUAA